AUGGCCUCUACUUCUUCUCCUUCUGGAAGCGAAGAACCACAAAACCAGAAUCAAGAUCAACAACAACAAGUAGCAGCAGCGAAAGAGAAAGAGUGCGUUCACAAAACCAAAACGAUACAGUUCUUAGGCCGUACCACUCCUAUCGUUCUCCAAAACGACAAUGGACCUUGUCCUCUCCUUGCCAUCUGUAAUGUUCUUCUGUUGAAGAACAAUCUAAAUUUGAGCCCAGAUAGCGCUGAAGUUUCACAGGAGAAAUUGCUAUCCCUUGUCGCAGAACGGUUGAUUGAUUCCAACAGUAAUGUAAAUAAUAAAGAUGCAGGAUAUGUCGAAAAUCAACAGCAGAAUAUUGCAGAUGCUAUUGAUUUGCUUCCACGGCUUGCAACUGGAAUUGAUGUAAAUCUAAAGUUUAGGAGGAUAGAUGAUUUUGAGUUUACCCGAGAAUGUGCCAUAUUUGAUUUGCUUGACAUUCCUUUAUAUCAUGGUUGGAUAGUUGAUCCCCAGGUUCUUUCUGUUUGGAUAGAUCUCAGUUAUUAUGUUGUUGCUGAGAAGGGAUUUGCUAUUUCACAAUUUGACUAUGAUACCGCUAAUGCCAUUGGGCCAAAGUCCUAUAAUACUCUUAUGGGGGAGCUUGUUGCUCUUGAAACUAGAAACAUGGAGGAUGAAAGUAAAAAUGUGACCGGAGAAGAUAGUAAAAAUAAGACCGAGGAAGAUUGCGUUGACUUUGUUGCUGCUACAACUGCAGCUUUGGGUGUUCCUUCUCCCUGUCUUUCAAAAGCUAGAUCUUUUGAUGAUUCUCCACGUUCAGUCUCAGAUCACCAAAAUGGAAGAAAAGGGGAUUUAGAAGAAGAAGCAGAGUUAUUGAGGGUCUUAAAAUUGUCAGAGGCUGUGUUGCCAAGUUCAGUGGGUGAUUCUCUUGUAGCUGAUGUUGAUGAAAGGGUUGUGUCUGUUGGUUCAGAUGAAAGUACACCUUUGAAGGGGACUGUGACUGUGGCUUCCUUAGAGACAUCAGAGGGGCAUGUUAGCGAUGGCAAUUUUAGUGCAUUGAGCAAUGAUGAUAAUAAUAAUCUGACAUUCUUGGAAACUCCCCCAGUGGAACUGGCUUGCUCUUCGUUGAAAACUGAUCCGACCGAUGAUUUUGAGCAAUCAGCAUGUACAGAAUCUGGAGAACAUAUCACUUGUAAUGAUGCGAUUAAGAAUCAUAGUAUUGACACAUUUGUUGAGAUUCAAGGCAAAGUGUCCCUUUCUUGUGCAAAGAGUGCUGCAUCUUUGGAUGGAGACCCUGUGGAUAUUAUAGAUACCGAUCAGAAGUUUGAGAAUCAGUCCACUUCAAUAACUGAGGUUCAUGAACCAGCAGAUAUAUCAAGUGGGCAUGACUUGGUGGAAGUACGAGGUUUAGAUUCACCAGUUCCAGAGUCAGAUUCAUCUAGUGGCAGAAUGAAGAACAUAGAUGCACCUGAUACCUUUACUUCAAGUGUUGAUGGCAGUGAACCCAUAUACGAGGGAGAAGAAUGCAUUUUGGAUUCAGGAACUUCAAAUUAUGAAGAGCGAGAGCCUAUGUAUGAAGGUGAGGUGAUUCUUGCAGAACAAGCUGAUAAAACUGUGAGCUCUAAGGAUGAAAUCACUCCACAGGAAGGUGAGUGA